AUGACGGAGGAGUUGGCUGCUUUGGAGCUACCCGCUGAUUUCCUGGAGGCCAUCAAGAGGCACAUCCUGAGCCGCCUCCAGAUGCGCGACCGGCCCAACAUCACCCACGCCGUGCCCAAGGCGGCUCUGGUCACGGCGCUGCGCAAGCUGCACGCCGGCAAGGUGCGUGAGGACGGCCGCGUCGAGAUCCCCAGCCUGGACGGGCAGGCGAGUGCGGGGCCCGCGGCCCAUCAGCAGGUCUCUGAGAUCAUCAGCUUCGCCGAGACAGAUGACCUGUCAUCCUCUAGAAUGCGCCUCUAUUUCUUCAUUUCUAAUGAAGGGAAUCAGAAUUUGUUUGUGGUUCAAGCCAGCUUGUGGCUUUACUUGAAGCUGCUUCCAUAUGUCUUGGAGAAAGGCAGCCGGCGAAAAGUAAGAGUCAAAGUGUAUUUCCAAGACUCGGACACUAGCAACAAGUGGAAUGUGGUUGAAAAGAAAGUUGAUCUCAAAAGAAGUGGUUGGCACACAUUUCCCAUGACAGAAGCAAUCCAAGCUCUGUUUGAGAAAGGAGAGAGAAGAUUGAGUUUGGACAUUCAGUGUGAAGGCUGCGAAGAGUAUUCAGUGCUGCCAAUUUAUGUGGAUUCUGGGGAUGAAUCUCACCGGCCUUUUUUAGUGGUGCAAGCCCGCUUGGCUGACAACAAGCACAGGAUUCGGAAAAGAGGCCUGGAAUGUGAUGGCAGGACCAAUUUAUGCUGCAGGCAACAGUUUUACAUUGACUUUAGGAUCAUUGGAUGGAAUGACUGGAUCAUAGCCCCAAUGGGUUACUAUGGGAAUUACUGUGAAGGGAGCUGCCCAGCCUAUUUGGCCGGAGUCCCGGGCUCCGCUUCCUCUUUUCACACAGCAGUAGUGAAUCAGUACCGCAUGCGAGGGCUGAACCCAGGCACCGUGAACUCCUGUUGCAUUCCAACCAAACUUAGCACAAUCUCCAUGCUGUACUUUGAUGAUGAAUACAACAUCGUGAAGAGAGACGUUCCCAAUAUGAUUGUGGAAGAAUGUGGUUGCGCCUGAUCUGGAGGAGGAUGUUUGGAAGGGGCAGGGGCAGGGAGGGGGUGAGAAGAUUCCCCUACUGAAUGGAUUUGGAAGCGCGACUGCUCUUUUUCUUCCUUCUGGGCAUGGAUGUUAAACAUUACUGCAGAGGCAACCGCAGCAAAAGCAGCAAUAGCACUGAGAAAAAAAAUAUAUAAAUAUAUAUCAUUGCACUCUGUUGUCAGGACAGUGGCAAUCUAUGGAUCCUGGACACUAAAAGUAUACUAUUACAUAUAAA